AAAUUUUAGGUUAGGGAUCGGGAAAAGGUAAUCUGUUUGUGCUAACGAGAGUGAUGUCAGCCAUGGAAGCGACGUGCUCGAAGAAACUUUGGCAAAUUGUUUCCGUGUUGAGGUGUCGUAAUUCGAGUAUCACCCAUCUGCACGUGUAUGGAACGACAGCUGGCCCAAAAGAUGAAGUGAUGCAGAAAGUUAUUGAAGAAGUAAAGGAGAAUGAUGAAGUUAUGGUUCUACGCGUGAACUGUUACGUGAAUCACAGAUCUCACAAAUUGUUUUGCCAAGGCUUAUAUAAUUUGUUGCCACAUUCAAAACCUGGAAAAAAGAUCGAAAAUUUGGAAAGUGUAUUUGAGGAGUGUAAGACAGAAUUGCAGUAUGUGAAGUCAGUAAUUAUGGUUGUCAUUCUGAAUAACGCCGAAAUGUUGCUCAACUUUCCACCGAGUUUUUUGCAGGCACUCUUUUCCAUUCCUAAAAAGUAUGGUGGUACGAUCAAGUUAGUGUCGGUUGCUCGAUUACCGUGGACACGGUUUGAAAUUACCGAACAUAUAUCGUCACCCGUGCAAUUCGCUUUUGAAGCAUUGUCGAAAGGUGAGGUUCAGGAAGCUCUGUCCACUAGGCUCAAUUUUGACAACAAUUUUGUUCGAUGUAUGCUGGAUAUGGUUUAUUCUGUGUGUCGUGACCUAAACCAAUUGUCUUACAUCAUCGAAAAACUGUGGGACACAGGGACCAAUGAUGAGAAUUGGGCGAAUAGUGCAGCAUCAAACAAACUGAAGACAUGCUACGCAGUUAGGGGACAAAAUAGUACCGAUGAUUUGUUCUAUCGCAGCGAGAGAAGACCUGAGGAAGAUGGACAGUCAUUUUGUCUGUCUACAAGUGCGAAGUAUUUACUUAUCGCAGCUUACUGUGCAAGUUAUAACCCUCCUAGCAGUGAUCGCCGUUUUUUCACUAAGAAUCACGGAAAACAGCGACGUCGUGCACCAGCAACAAAAGGGUUGCGGAACAACUUAGAAUCAGCUCACGAAACUGGUCCGAAACCAUUCCCGAUUCAAAGAUUGCUUUUCAUCUAUCUUGCAAUGCUUGAAAAGCAUGAUAUGAGAAAUCACUGCGCUGCUGAUAUCCAUGCACAGGUUGCGGAGCUGUGUGCGAUGGGCUUUUUGAACCGAGUUUCCGCUGAUGGAAAUCUCGAUACUCCGAAAUAUCGCUGUAUCGCAACUUUUGAAUUUUCGGAACAGUUGGCAAAGACAGUGGGUAUUGAAAUCCGUGAUUUCCUUAUUGACUUUUCAUCAUAAAAAUCGUAUUGCCAUACUGUAUCUCUGCUUGGAGCUCGUCCGACGAUAUAAUGUGAAAUUAGCGACAAAUUAGCUCAUUACGAUAUUAUUUCACAUAGAAACAAGAUAUCAUUUGAAUUUAGAAUUCAAAUUAUCAAAACAGCUUGCAUAAACAGUAACGCUUUUAUUUAUUGUUAUUGUCUUUCACGUUGUGUGCUCUAUAGUCAUUUACAUUCUUUGUAUAUGAUGUGAAAUUAGCGAUAAAAACUGGUAGCAGU